GAGUGUAUGAAGAGUCUCCGUGGGCACAGAAAGGGAGAACCAUCAGAGCAGAGAGGAGCUGUGGACAUUCACAAGAUGGUGAAGAUGCAGUGGAGUCUGUUUGUGUUCAUUGUGAUGGGUCAAUGUUCUUCCAUUGGGGGUCAGCUGUGUGACUACCACUUCAUUGGAGAGAAGAAGACCUGGAAAGGAGCCCAGGAGUAUUGCAGAAAGAACCACACUGACCUGGCCACAGUGUCUAAUGAGGCAGACAUGCAGAGACUCCAAAACCAUCCAAAGUAUCAAGCUGGAGCCUGGAUUGGGCUGCAGCGAGACUGGCGCUGGUCUCAGCCAGGGGUGGAGUUCAACGAGAGUAAAUGGUCUCCGGGACAGCCGAAUAAUGUACGCAAUCAGGAGAACUGUGUGAGGAUGAAGAUGAAGGAUGACAAAUGGGAUGACGACUCUUGUACUACAGCCUAUAGAUUUAUCUGCUAUGACGAAAACAAGAAAUCCGGCAAAACAUUUUAUAUCAGUGAGGAUAAGAAGACCUGGGAAGAUGCUCAGAGAUUCUGCAAAGAAAAAUACACUGACCUGAUCAGUGGAGUCAAACAGCUGGACGACUUCAAGACACAGCGCCAGAAUGAUGCAGAAACUUUCUGGAUCGGCCUGUUCAGAGACUCUAACUGGAGUUGGUCAGAUGGGAGCAGUUUCUCUUUCAGAUCCUGGGAUGAAGGUAAACAAGACCCUGAGAAGACAUGUGCUAUGACUACGUUAAAUGGAAAUUGGAGCUCUGAUGACUGUAAUAAAACCAAACCCUUCUUCUGCUACAACGAUUCAGUGAUCCUGAUCAACCAGAGCAUGAUCUGGGAGGAUGCGUUAUACUACUGCAGAGAUCACCAUGGCGACCUUGUCUCCAUCACCAACCAGGACGAUCAGCGCUGGGUCCAGGAGAGAGCCAAGAUGGCCUCCACUCCCCACGUGUGGCUGGGACUGCGCUACACCUGCACUCUGGACUUCUGGUUCUGGGUCAGUGACGAGACGGUCCUCUACAAGAACUGGGGCCCCGGCCAGCCUGGGGACGAAUGCAACAUGUCUGGAGCCAUGGACCGAGAGGGGACCUGGGUCAAAAAGAUCGACGAUGACCACAAGCUUAACUUCAUCUGUUCCAAGUAA